AUGAAAGCUGAAUUUGUGGCUUACUUCGAAGCUACAAUUCAGGGUUUAUGGCUGCGGAAUUUUAUUUCAGGACUUGGAAUUGUCGACAGUAUUGCCAAGCCGUUGAAAAUUUAUUGUGAUAACUCCGCGGCAGUCUUCUUUUCCAAAAACGACAAGUAUUCCAAAGGUGCUAAACACAUGGAAUUAAAAUAUCUUGCCGUUAAGGAAGAAGUUCAGAAACAUAGGGUGUCAAUUGAGCAUAUUAUCACCAAUCUCAUGAUUGCAGAUCCUUUGACAAAAGGAUUGUCACCGAAGACAUUUAACGAACAUGUCCUUCCUGUAGGCGGCGACGGCCACAAAGCAGAGCAUCUCCUCGGCAAUGUCAGAGAGAUAGUGGCUGGAUUUCACGAGCUUCCCUUCAUCCAUGGAAGCCUCCACACUCUUCCCAUCCCUCCACUCUCUUCCUUCUCGCUUUCUUCACAGUUCCGCAUCUCUCAAUCCAAGAAGUAUCCACUGCGCAACGCUACGCAGAUCCCUAUCCUCCAUGGCAGCCGCCAUUUCCGUUCCCAAAUUCCUCUCCUCUUCGUUCCCCACUCGCUUCCUGAGCAGAUAAUCAACAACGCGCCGGAUCCUUCGCCAUCUCCAUCACCGCCGCCCCUCCUAGCGAACUGGACCCCUCCUCGUCCCCUAUGGCGCGGCAUCUCGGUACUUAUCCUUGCCGGCCAAGUUAUCCAACGCACCCUCACCUUACGUGUCCACCGCCGCAAUACUCUCCAACAACUUGAUCGUGUCGGGCCGCGCUCCCUUGGCGUCUGCCUCCUCACCUCCGCUUUCGUCGGCAUGGCUUUCACCAUCCAGUUUGUACGUGAAUUCACUCGUCUCGGCCUCCAGCGGUCGGUCGGCGGCGUCCUCGCCCUGGCCUUCGCACGCGAGCUCAGUCCUGUCGUCACCUCUGUCAUUGUUGCCGGCCGCGUUGGCAGCGCGUUUGCCGCCGAGCUCGGCACUAUGCAGGUAUCCGAACAGACAGAUACACUCCGUAUCCUCGGCGCCCAUCCCGUUGAUUACCUUGUCACACCCCGCGUCAUCGCUUGUGCUGUCGCGCUCCCGUUCCUCACACUCUUCUGCUUCACCGUUGGCCUCGCAUCUAGUGCGCUUUUGGCUGACACGGUGUUUGGCGUUAGCAUUAACAUUAUUCUCGAAUCUGCACGCCGUGCACUACGGCCGUGGGAUAUAAUCAGUGCAAUGAUUAAGUCGCAGGUGUUUGGUGGGAUAAUUGCCGUGGUUAGUUGCGCCUGGGGAGUUACUACACUUGGUGGAGCUAAGGGCGUUGGGGAGUCGACUACUUCGGCUGUGGUUAUUUCUCUUGUUUCCAUAUUUAUAGCUGAUUUCGCCCUUUCUUAUUUUUUCUUCCAGGGGGCGGGGGAUUCUCUUAAAUAUGCCAUGGGCUAGGCUGGUGGUGGCUCCGCUGUUUGCAAAGCCAAGUUUUACCUCUUUCUCAAAGAAAGAUGCUUCCUGUAGUAAGAAAAAGCGAUCGUAUCAAUCUUGUUAAGUUAGGCAUGUACAUUUUGUUUCGGUUUGCUUUGUCCGUCUCUGGCAGCAUGGUUUUGUUUUCCUCUGAAUUGCAGAAGCUGUAAUUUUUUAGUAACAUAAGGAUGUGUGCAUAGAAAAGAUCGAACCCAUUAUUGAAAUUAUGUGGAAUUAUUUCCCCGUUGAAGUA